AUGACGGACCCUACGACCAGCAGUGGAGGAGAAGAUGCCGACUCGAAUGCAUCAUAUGGGUCAACACACAAGGCUAGCAAAGGGAAGGGGAAGGCUAGGAGUAAACAACCUAUGAAACGCGUUUCGGGCUCAUCCCAAGGUGAAGGCGACGAGGGCCAGGAUGAAGAUCCUGCUCCUGCACAAGAUUACACCACGCCUAUGCGGACUCAGCCUCGUCGAGCUGCUUUUGUGAAGAAACCACCACCGCUACAGAAAAUCUUCGAUGAAGACGAAUAUGAAGAGGAGCAAGACGAAGAAGACGACGACGAGGAAGUACAAGUACAAGACGAAGAAGGUUCUGUCGUCCCUCCCUCUGAAGAGGAAGAGGAAGAAGCUACCUCCCCUCCUCCGUCUAGACAAUCAAAGCUUCCACCGCCGAAGGCCAAGGCGAAAGGCAUCGGCAGGAACAGUAGGGCUAACAGCCGUCAACCGUCUCGUCCGGCUGUGAAUGGCCAUGGCUCAAAAGCAAGACCCGUUACAGCGAGGGCUAGUGCGGCGACUAUCAGCAGCGUGGCUGAGACAAGCUUUGACUCGAUUAUGGACGAAGAGGAGGACAGAGAGGACGAGAAGGAUCUGGAUGAGGUGGAGGAUAUCUUGUAG